AUGACUUCGCAUAGUGAAGAAAUCGAAGAAGAACAAAUAUCAAGAAUCGAAAAAGGUAAAGGCAUAGAUUGUCAUGGAGGAAUUGAGACAGUCAUAUGUACUUCUCCUAGCAUUGUUUGCCUUACACAAAAGUUGAUAGCAGAAAUGAUUGGGACGUAUUUUGUGAUAUUCUCUGGAUGUGGAGUGGUGGUAGUAAAUGUGUUGUACGGUGGAACCGUGACGUUUCCAGGAAUAUGUGUAACUUGGGGUCUCAUUAUUAUGGUCAUGAUUUACUCUACCGGUCACAUUUCUGGUGCACAUUUUAAUCCUGCUGUUACCGUCACUUUUGCCAUUUUCCGGCGAUUUCCAUGGUAUCAGGUACCAUUGUAUAUAGGUGCCCAACUUGCAGGAUCCUUACUAGCGAGUUUGACAUUGAGGUUAAUGUUUAAAGUGACACCUGAAGCUUACUUCGGGACAGUUCCGACUGAUUCUUCAGCACGAGCGCUCGUUGCAGAGAUAAUUACAUCAUUUCUCCUCAUGUUUGUUAUCUCUGGUGUUGCAACUGAUAAUCGUGCGAUUGGAGAAUUAGCUGGAAUUGCAGUGGGAAUGACUAUAAUGUUGAAUGUUUUUGUAGCCGGGCCAAUUUCGGGAGCAUCAAUGAAUCCAGCAAGAAGUCUAGGACCAGCAAUAGUUAUGGGAGUAUAUAAACAUAUUUGGGUUUAUAUUGUAGGUCCCGUUAUCGGAGUAAUGUCUGGAGGAUUUGUUUACAAUUUUAUCAGAUUUACGGAUAAACCACUCCGAGAACUCACUAAAAGUGCUUCUUUUCUCCGAGCAGUUCCACCAAACAACAAAUCUUCUAGUUCUAAGAGCUAG